UUCUUGGGAUCCGACAAACUUAUUUUAGUUUCACCUUACUCGACAUUCGUUAUUCUUUCAUUUGUUACCUUCUAUCGUGAGGUAGCUUGAUCUUAUACUUUAUGACUUAAUCGUUGGCCCCAAUCUGUUCAAUAUCCACAUACCACUAGUUGCAUUCGAGGGCCACUAGGCAGCGAUAGCUUUUAGCUGAUGAGACAAAGUUGAGAUAUCACCAAAAGGAUUACUCCUAAAAACUAGAAGAAAGGUACUAGGUACCUACAGAAAUCACCUAAUAUGGCUACUGGAAGAGAACAUCACGAACUCGACGAAAAGGGCUCGCCGACCUUGACCCAUGCCCCGACUGUUUCGGACACCGCCGGAGACUCAGAGAAGUACGCAAUGCCGUAUAGCGAUCAGUAUACAGAGCAUCCUACAAAUCAAAGUACGGAGCAGUUUCCAGAGCAGUAUCGGGAGAACCCAAUGGAUAACCCCCCGGAGAGACCUCAGCACCUCCAGGUUCCCGGAGGGGCGGGUCAUAUGCCAACAGAUCACUCAAUGUUAUCAGAAACCGAAUCGAGGGACCAGGCGACCCGACUCGUCGACGAUCUCACCCUCCUCCAGGCAGAACAGGCAGUCAGCAACCGAGAAUCUCUUGACCUUCGUCGUGCCCAGUCUAAAACCCGCAGCCCCGAGACAGAGAAAUCGGAUGUGUUUAACCAACCGACCCAGAAUUCAGCCAUCGGGAUGCCCACUGAGCCCCCAACCAAGCUGAACAAGGUCUUCAGAGGAAUUAAGAGCCUACCUCGGAUGUUUCGAUAUUUCUUAUACAGCGUCCCUAUCGGGGUCAUAUUAUUAAUCCCGAUUCUACUGGGGAGACUCUCACCCGCAUACCAACAGUCGCCUGUUGGUGGGCCUGGUGGCAUAGAGAUUAUGUGGUUCGGCAUCUGGCUAGAAGUCGUUUGGCUGUCUCUGUGGGCCGCCAGAAUGUUCACUGCUAUUAUGCCAUUCAUCCUGGGCAUUGUUGCUGGUAUUUGCGGCUCGGGGAAUCCUAAGAAGUGGAGGGGAAUCGGACGCCAAUUGGAGCUUCAUACUGCCCUCUUCCUGUGGAUGCUUGCUGUGAUUAUCUCGUAUUAUCCUAUCCUUAACAAUCACAAGAUACCAGCUCAAGUGCCCGAUGAAGCCGACACUGCAUAUCCCUAUAUCAAAUGGAUUGACGUUGUGAAUAAAAUCAUAAUUGCAUUUUUCGUUUUGGCAAUCUUGAAUUGGGCAGAGAAGAUUCUCAUUCAAUGGAUUGCCGAGUCUUUCCAUUUACGAACAUACUCGUCACGAAUCAACACCAACAAACAGUGUACCGCAUACCUAGUCUAUCUCUAUGAGCAUUCCAAGGAUAAACUAGUACCAGCGGCGUCAGUGAUGGACAACCACAAUUCCGGAUCUGGUACCAGAACACCCAUGGCUUUGAUAUCUAAUAAUGCUCGCGAUACCAUAGCUAAGGUUGGUGACAUUGCAAACCGUGUAGCUGGUGACUUUACUGGACGCGAAGUCAAACUCAGAAAUCAUCCCCGAAAAGUAGUCUCUGAACUCCUCCGAAAUACGAAUUCGGCACAGGUCUUGGCAAGACGUCUUUUCCGUACUUUCGUGAAGCCCGGUGCAGACGUUUUGACACCCCAAGACUUGAACCCAGCGUUCGAGAAUCCUGAAGAUGCCGAGGCGGCUUUCCUCGUGUUUGACCGGGAUCUUAAUGGAGACGUUUCCAUGGAAGAACUGGAGGCAUUCUGCGAUGAAGUUCACCGGGAGAAGAAGGCUAUCGCCGCAUCGCUCAAGGAUCUUGACUCGGUAAUCACUAAGCUCGACAGGGUUUUCUUCUUCAUCAUCUUCAUAAUAACGGUCAUUGUGUUCAUUUCGAUAAUAUCGGCCUCUACCGCAUCGGCUCUAGCUUCCGCAGGCACGGCUGUUCUUGGUCUCGCGUGGGUUCUCCAGGCUACCGCCCAAGAAUUUCUCCAAUCCAUCAUUUUCGUCUUCGUCAAGCAUCCAUUUGAUGUGGGUGACCGUAUCACCGUGUAUGGUAACACUGGCACAUUGAUGAGGGGAGAUGACUACUACGUGACCGAAGUAUCUUUACUGUAUACCGAGUUCAAGAAGAUGGAGGGGCAUAUGGUGCAGGCUCCUAAUUCAGUACUUAAUACGCUGUUCAUCCUUAACCACCGCCGCAGUGGUCAGCUGGCUGACGUGUUCGAACUUCGGAUGAAAUAUGGCACACCGGCUAGCGUGAUCAAGGAACUGGAGGCUCGCAUGACGGAAUAUGUUUUGGCCCAAAAGCGCGACUUCGCAGGCAAAAUUAUCACGGAGCUUCGAAGCUUUGAGGAUGCGUACUGUAUGACGGUCAACUUCAUCUGCUUUCACAAGACGAGUUAUCAGAAUGAAUUGCUCCGUCUCACGCGUCAUAACAAGUUUGCCAUCGAAUUAAUGAGCCAGAUGGUCGCCCUGGGCAUCGAGCAACCUCGCCGGGAGUAUCAGAUCUCUGGACAAGACUGGCCUGUAUUCCAGUCCAACAUUCAACCCCCCUCGUACGAAGACCGACAAAGGACGGUGGAUCCUGCUAUAUUGACCGCAACUCGCCGACGGGCCAACUCACACAGCGUCGAUACCACGGGAGAUAUUUACCAAGACGUUUUCGUCACGCGCAAAGCCAGCAAUUCACACCUGACCCAACCACCGCGAAUAACAGAAGAGCUAGCCGAAGAAUCUAACGCUGCUAUCGGCAGCAGUUCGCAGCUGGGCAAGACGACGUCUCAGGGAAGUGGUCGCAGCCAUCGAAAUCUAUUUGGCCGCUCAACCACUCUUAGCAGGGGUGGUGACCGGCCCGAACGUGAUCGAGAUAUGGUUUAGGACAACCGGCAAGC